AUGGCUGGUAGGGGUCGCGGAGGCAAAUCAGCUGGAGGUGGUAGGGGUCGCGGAGCCAGAUCCGCUGGAGGUGUUAGGGUUUAUAAUGGUGCGAGGGAUCCCAGUUCUGCCGCCGAUAAUCAGACCUCCAUUGGUGCGAGGGAACCCAUUGGAGCCGCAGUUAAUCAGGCCUCCAAUGGUGCGACUUCACGCGGAGGUCGAAGUGGUGUCGGAACGUCGUCUCACUCCUCGAAUCCAUCAGGCUCUCAGUCCGUGAGUAAUUCGUAUAGAACUAUGCCGUCCCAGUUUCCGCCGAGGACACAACAAACGCCUCCUGCUUCUCAACCACCGCGGGUUGCUUCUCCACCACCGCGGGUUGCUUCUCCCCCACUGUGGGUUGGUUCCCAACCACCGCGGGUUGGUUCUCAACCACCGCGGGUUGGUUUGCAAGCACCGGUUCUUGCUCCUCAACCACCGCCUCCUCUUCCUCCACUCAUACAAGAACAAGAAGAGGAUUACGAAGAAGUAAACCCUAAUCCCAAUCCUGCCGAAGAAGAAAACCCUAUUCCUAAUCCUGCCGAACAAGACUACCAAGGUUUGUUAGAUGCAAUGCUAGCUCUUCUAGGCCGACAACAUCUCCCAGUUCUGUCUGUCGAUCCCAUCUCCGACGUUGAGACUCUAUGGUAA